AAAUUCAAAAUAAAUAGAUCUCAACUAGAGGUUUUCAGAUUCACCUUUUAUCUAAUGACUCCUAUUGCAGUGAUGUACUAUGUUGGUGUCGAUGCUGAUAAGAAAUUCAACGUUCCAGGUUUCUGGCCAGAUCCAGAAACUACUAAUAAGAUUCCAAAAGAAAGACAUGAAAUACAAGCUGAAUUGGCAAGAAUGAAGAGAGAAAGAAUCGAAAAAAGACAAAGACUAGAAGAAAAAUUAAAGAAUGAGUAUGGUGUUGACUUGGAGGAGGAAAAAGCCAAGUUG